AUGGCGGCGACGGGAGAGACGAAUGGAGAUUGUGGUCCUGAAAAUAAAAAUGAGCCAGGCACUGAAAAGAAUUCCGCCGUUAGACGAGAUACAACUUCAUUAAGGGACUGUUUUUGUGCUUUGCUUAAUUCGCUAACAGAUUUUGGCUCCGAGUUAAAAGUAGGUGCAGAUGUGUUGAACAUCUCUGUCAAUGUCAGCUCUGCUGACGUUUCAACGUUGCAGCCGUCACACGUGUACACUUGUCUGCAGAAGCACAUCUCUAGACUACAGACACUGUCUGUAAAUGUCAAACAACUUGUGGAAGCUGAGAGUCAGUCUAUGCUUGCAGUUGCUGUGACCUCUACAGAUCAGAGGAAAGAAAUGAGUGUGACAUCAUCUGAGGAAGGGAUGGUUACAGGCUCAGAACGUGUCCCACCUACUGCACAUCAAAGCACAGCUGAGGAGGAAAGCCAUAAGACACAGCCUCAGGUCGAUGACAACAUUGUUCAGAUCAAGGCUGGCAAGUCUGAGAUUGAUAGAAGGAUAUCUGCAUUUAUAGAGCGCAAACAGCUGGAAAUCAAUGAAAACAAUGUGCGGGAGUUCUGCAACGUGAUCGACUGUAAUCAGGAAAACAGCUGUGCCAGGACUGAUGCUGUCUUUACACCUUAUCCUGGUUUCAAAAGUCAUGUCAAAGUGACGCGGGUGGUGAAUACGUAUGGACCACAGACCAGAGGGGGCCGGCCUGAGACAGGAGAACAGCAGCAGCAGGUCACACUCAACAGAGACUGCGGAAACCCCGCCAUUGAAGAACGCCUCCACAACAUAGAAGCCCAUCUGAAGCUCCCUGCUGCGGGCCCGGUUCCUCAGAGUGUGUACCAGCGGCUGAAGAAGCUGGAAGAUCGUAUUCUUGAGCUGGAAGGUCUUUCUCCAGAGUAUUUCCAGUCCACUAAUUACCUGCACAAAAGACCCAAACCUUCUGUUUCUCAGUCUUACAGCCUGUCUGAGUUGGAUGGGAAGAUCAGUGCUGUCAAAAAUGCAUUGCUGAACAGAGUGAGUGAGUUACGAUCCACAGAAGCAGGGGAUUUUCCCUAUUGAAUGAUGUGUGUGU